UGCUGAGCUGGGGGCGUGUUGUUUGUUGUUGCUCUAUCUCUCUCCUCGAUUGAUGCCUAUCUCUCUCCACCACUCUAAACCUUUUGCACAUGUAGGAUUGGGUCGAUAUAGUUAAACUACAGUAAAGUUUAAAGCCAGUCUACCUCUCCAGAAUCAACCAUGGCGCUUCAAGCACGAGCUCUGGUCACCUCUAAAUGGCUUUCGGAGGCAAUGAAGGCGCAGGGGAAAAUGCGCAUCUUGGACACUUCGUGGUAUUUGCCCAAACUGCGGCGCAACGCCAAGAGCGAGUUCAAGGAGAAACACAUCAGGGGUGCAGCUUUCUUUGACAUAGACCAAUGUUGUGAUAAAACUUCUCCUCUGGACCACAUGUUGCCGACAGAGAAGAUUUUUGCAGACUAUGUCGGGAAUUUGGGAAUAGAAAGCGACACGCACGUUGUGGUGUACGAUACCAGCGACUAUGGUGCGUUCUCUGCGCCCCGUGUGUGGUGGAUGUUCCGAGUUUUCGGGCACAGUGCGGUCUCAUUGCUCAACGGGGGGCUCAGAAACUGGGAUCUGGAGGAGCGACAGGUGAGUGAGCAGCACGUCAAACCCAAGCCGACUGAGUUCAAGGCCUCCUUAAACCGCUCCUGGAUCAAGACGUAUGAGGAUAUCCUGAAUAACCUGGACACCAAGAAGUUCCAGGUGGUAGACGCCAGACCAGCAGGCAGGUUCAUAGGACUGGACCCUGAACCCAGAGACAACACAGAGCCAGGCCACAUCCCCGGCUCCGUCAGCAUGCCCUUCCACUCCUUUCUGUCCAAGUCAGGCCACUUCCUGCCCAAAGAGCAACUCCAGGCCUUGUUCACCCGGGCUGGCGUGGACCUCAGCCGCCCUAUUUGUGUCUCGUGUGGAUCGGGCGUGACUGCCUGUCACGUAGCACUGGCGGCCCACGAAUGCGGGCACCCUGGGGUGUCUGUUUACGACGGCGGCUGGUCAGAGUGGUUCACCCGCGCUGUGCCAGAGCACGUUAUAUCUGAAGGACGAGGGAAACAUUUGUUAUUAGCUUAAAAACUACAGGAGGUGUGUUUGAUGGCUUCAGGCUGGAUCACACUGGGACUUGAUGACAAGAGAAGAAGAAUGAUUUCCAUUGCCUGUUUUGGGGGUAAAGUGCGCUAAGGUUUAAAGGGAUAGUUUGAAAUUUUGGGAAGUACACUUAAUUGUUUCUUUGCUGAAAGAAGAGAAGAUUGAUACCACUUUUUGAAUUUAAAUCUACAGUCAGCAGCCAGUCAGCUUAGCAGGAAGCUAAAGGUAGAAAAUAGACAAAAACAGCUAGCCCGGUUCUAACUAGCCUAGUUUAGCCUAGCCUAUAGUGUAGUUUAACAAACCCACCAACCAGGACCUAAUUUACAUGUUAUAUCAUAUUUAGUGUACAUGAAGGUGUUAUCAAUCUUCUUAUCUACUUCUUGGCAAGAAAACAGUGUCAAAAUAUUUCUUUAAGAUUAAAAACAACCAUUUGUAAUCCAAACAUAGAUGAGUAAGGUACUUUUUUUCAUUUCAAAUACUAAUAGGCAUGAAUAGAUGACCAACGCCUGCAAGAUGUGAACACUAAGUCUGAUUGUUUAAUACGUUUUGAAACUGGAAAAUGUUUGUUUACAGCUGUAAUGCUCAUGUUGGAAUAAAAUAGAUCUGCACUUCCUUGA